AUGGUUAAACGUAUUCUAAGUCAUCAUAAUAUUCAUAUUGCUGAUAAUGAAAUUAAUAAUAUGAAACGAAGACAUUCGUUGGAAGAUGCUCCAUUAACGAAUAAUCGUACAAAUUCCGAACCUAUGAUACAUAAUGAUACAUCCAUAGGUAAUGAAUAUCAUCAUCCUAAUUCCAUAAAAAAACAUAGUAUAACGAUUGUUGAAGUUAAUACAACCGAAUUAGCACUAAAUAAAUCAAAUGAAGAACAAACAGAAACACGUGAACAAUGGAGUGAAAAACUUGAUUUUCUUUUAUCUAUUAUUGGCUUUGCUGUUGAUCUUGCUAAUAUAUGGCGUUUUCCAUAUUUAUGUUAUAAAAAUGGUGGAGGUGCCUUUCUUAUUCCUUAUGUUCUUUCAGUUGUACUCGGUGGUCUACCUUUAUUUUAUUUGGAACUUUUACUUGGACAAUAUUAUCGACAAGGUGCAAUAACAUGUUGGAGAAAAAUUUGUCCAUUAUUAGCUGGAAUUGGUUGGGCUGUAACUAUAAUUGCAUUCUACACUGAUUUUUAUUAUAAUGUUGUCAUAUCAUGGGGUCUUUAUUAUUUAUUUGCUUCAUUCAAGAAAAUUUUACCAUGGAGUGAAUGCAAUCAUCGAUGGAAUACACCAGAUUGUUCGACAGUUAAUACACGACGUCAAUUUUUAGAGAAUUGUAUUAAUCAAUUUAAUAAUACAUUGAAUAAUACAAUAGAUUUGCCAUCAAUCAAUAUUAAUGAACAACAUUCAUUUGAAACAAGUUUAUUGUAUGAAAAUUGUUCAGAAAAAUUAACACAAUUAAAAAUAGUUUCACCAGCACAAGAAUACUUCCAUUUACAAGUCUAUCGUUUAAAUCAAACACGUAAUCUUAGUUUAGAAAACUUAGGUAAUGUUAAUUGGGAAAAUUUGGGUUGUCUUGCAAUAAUUUAUCUUAUUUGCUAUUUUUCAAUGUGGAAAGGUGUUAAAACAUCUGGCAAAGUUGUUUGGUUUACUGCUCUAUUUCCUUAUGUUGUAUUAACAAUUUUAAUGAUACGUGGACUUUUUUUAAAUGGUUCAAUGAAAGGUAUCGAAUAUUAUAUACGUCCAGAUUUAAGUAAAUUAAAUGAUCCAUCUGUAUGGGUUGAUGCAGCAUCACAAACAUUUUUUUCAUUGGGACCUGGUUUUGGUGUUUUAAUGGCAUUUGCAAGUUAUAAUGAUUUUCAUCAUAAUGUUUUUCGAGAUGCAAUGAUAACUGUAGCAGUUAAUAGUUUAACAAGUUUUGCAAGUGGUUUUGUAAUUUUUAUGUUUUUGGGUUAUAUGAGUGAAGUAUCAGGACGAGCUAUAAAAGAUGUAGCUGAACAAGGAUCAACACUUGUUUUUAUUGUCUAUCCAGAAGCAAUAGCAACAAUGCCAUGGGCACCUGUUUGGGCUGUAUUCUUUUUUUUAAUGUUAUUAACACUUGGUUUAGAUUCAUCGUUUGGUGGAAGUGAAGCAAUAAUAACAGCAUUAAGUGAUGAAUUUCCUGUACUACGACGUCAUCGAGAAUGGUUUGUUGGAAUUUUAUUUUUCUUCUAUUUUCUUGUUGGUAUUCCAAGUUGUACUGAUGCAGGAGUUUAUUUUGUUGAAUUAUUACAAAAUUAUGCUGCAUUUUAUUCAAUAAUUAUUGCGGUCUUUUUUGAAGCCAUAGCUGUAUCAUGGCUCUAUGGAAUACAACGUAUAAGUGAAGAUGUUAAAGAAAUGCUUGGAACAAAACCAGGAAGAUUUUGGCUUGGAACAUGGUGUAUUGCUGCACCUUUAUUUCUUGGAGGUAUUAUUCUUUCGGGUUUAAUUCAUUAUGUUAAUCCAACAUAUGGAAAAGUAACUGAUCCAUUUUAUUAUAAGUAUCCUGAAUGGAGUCAUUUACUUGGUUGGAUGUUUGCAUUAUCAUCGAUUGUAUUUAUACCAGCUGUUGCUAUUUAUCAAUUAUUAAUUGAACAAGGAAAUUUUACAACGAGAUUUCGUUUGGCAAUAACACCAUGGAAAGAACGGCAAAGAAAACAAAAUCCUGAUAUAAUAAUUAAAUUUUGUCAUACGGAUGAUUGUCGUAGUGGUGAUUGUGAAUUAUUACGUCUUUCCAAUGGAUUAAUAAACAAAAUUUGUCAUUGUCCUAAAGGUGUUUGUGGUGAAACAUGUCAACGUUUAUGUAAUACAACUUCCCAAUGUGAUACUAAUCCAUGUUGGUUUGGUGGUACUUGUGUUGAUGUAGCAAAUUUUGAUUAUAUUUGUUUAUGUCCAUCAAAUCAUUCUGGUAAAAAUUGUCGCAUAGUACUUUCAUGUCAAACGAAUACUUGUCAUCAUGGUGGCACAUGUUUUGAAACUGCUUAUGGUGCACAAUGUACUUGUCCAGAAGAUUUUUCUGGUAAUUUUUGUGAAUAUAAAAAAAUGACAUACAAAUCAAAAUCAAAUGAUAAUUUACCACGUGUUGAAUAUAAACAAUUUGAUGCUGAAACAUUAGCAGUUAUUGCUAAUUUAGGAAGUUUAUCAAAUGAAAAUACUCUACGAUCCAAUAGUUUAAGUAAUAGUGUAACUGUAGCUACGGAUAGUCGUUCACAAUUUGUGUUUUGUUUAACUAAUCCAUGUGAAAAUGGUGGUACUUGUUUUGUAACAAAUACAGCAACGACAAAAGGAAUUUGUGUUUGUCGUGAUGGAUAUAAUGGUGAUUAUUGUGAAAAUUCCUCUCACAACAAUGCAUCAGUUGUUAUUAAAAUACCAACUGGUUAUUGUUCAUCAAGUCCAUGUUUAAAUGAUGGAACUUGUGUAGGAGUAGGAGGUUUACAAGGUUAUUGUCGAUGUACAGCAGAAUAUCGAGGUCUUUAUUGUGAAGUAUCUGUACGAGCUGUUACUUGUCUUCCAAAUCCUUGUAAAAAUGGUGGAACUUGUGUUUUAUUAGAAAAUAAUCAAGCACAAUGUUUAUGUACACCGGUAUUUCGUGGUUUAACUUGUAAUCAAUUUAGUUAUAUACCUUGUGGAGAUGGUACUUGUCAUGGUACACAGGGUAAUUGUGUCGCUAAUAAAUGUGUUUGUAGGACUGGAUUUGCUGGACCAAGAUGUGAUUCAGCAGAUUUUUGUGCCACAUUUCCUUGUCUUAAUGGAGGAACAUGUAUACGAACGAAUGAAGAACCUUAUGGUGGUUGUAGUUGUCCAAGUGAAUUUUCAGGUCCAACAUGUAGUAAUGAUCCAUGUAAUCCAUCGCCAUGUUUGAAUGGGGGUUAUUGUGUACGAAAACCCGAUAAUCUAUUUUAUUGUCAAUGUCGUAAUCGAAAUAAAGGAGUUUAUUGUGAGCAGGUAGAAUGUUUUCCAUCAGAUGCUACUGUUGAUGUACUUGAUAUUGGUAAAGUUCAAUUAUCAUCUUUACAAAUCGGUUCUCAAGUUCGAAUUAUUAAUGAAGAAAAUCAAGUUAGUUAUUCACCAAUAAUUGCAUUUCUUCAUCGAGAACUUAAUGAACAUGCUUUAUAUACACGUAUUCGUACAAACAAUUCAAUUGUUGAAUUAUCCAAACGACAUUUAAUUCAUCAACGUAAAGAUGGUUUUAUUUGGGCUGAAAAAUUAAUCGAAGGUGAUGAAAUACUUGUUUUAUCAUCCACUUAUGAUAAUGAAACACAAUGGGAAAAGAUUAUUGAAAUAACUGAUGUUCAUAAACAAGGUCUUAUGGCUCCAUUAACUGAACAAGGAACAAUUAUUGUUAAUAAUGUUCAUGCAUCAUGUUAUGCUCUUGUUAAAUCUCACAAAGUAGCUCAUUUUGCAUUAGCACCUUAUCGAUUUUAUCAUCGAUUAUUUGGCCAAUUGUUUCAUAGAAAUUCAAUGACAACACCAAUUCUUUCCUAUGCUAAUGUACUACUUCAUUUUUUCAAAAAUUUACCUAUUGCUAAAGAACUUAUUUUUUGA